AUGGCUUGUGUGGGUGUAAAUUCUCUGAUGAGGACAAUAGAGAUUGAGUUCUUUCAAUCUCGUCCUCGUCCAAUUCUACAAGAAAAAAAACUCAUCUCUUUUAACAAACAGUUGAUUGAAUCUCUGCAUGAAAAGCUUGGAUCUGUGUUGGGAGAGCUGGAUGAUGAGAAAAGAAUUGAUGGCCACUUGGAAACACAACUCAGAGAUGUGGUUUUCAGAGUAGAAGAUGAAAUUGAGCAACAAGUAGCAGAUCUUUAUGUGAAGAGGCCCCAGGAGGAUAGUGAUGAUGUGGUGCCUUAUCUCAAACUUCAUCAUCUUUUGGAACAAGCAAUAGAAGACAUUGAUGCCAUCAAGGAAGAGUUGGAGAAAGUGAAGAUGGAGGGCAAGCAGCAUCUGCAGCAGGGAAGAGAGAACAAAGAUGAAGUCUUCAUGAAGGGAAAUGGAAAUUCCUCCCUUCCACACUCCAAGGACAUAAUGGUUGGAAAAAACAAUGACUUCCAUAAGGUAAUGGAGAUGCUAAUUCAAUCUUCAUCUGAAAAGGAAUUAGAAGUUGUCUCAAUUGAAGGCAUGGGAGGCAUUGGCAAGACAACUUUAGCCAAACGAGUUUACGACGAUCCGCUUGUGCGUUCUUACUUUGACAGGCAAGCGUGGGCUGUUUCGUCGCAACUCCACAAUAAGAGACAAAUGCUCAUAAGUCUUCUUGAUUCAAUGGGCAUCAAAGAAGGCGACAAUGAUAAGUUGAUCGAACAAGGCGAGGAUGAUAAGGUCUCAAAAUUAGCAUCACAAGUCCAAAAAGCUUUCAAGGGUCAAAGAUACUUGGUUGUGAUGGAUGAUGUAUGGAGUGGAGAUGCAUGGGAUGCUAUCAAAGGUUGCUUUCCCAAUGAAGACUAUGGUAGUCGAAUAUUGUUGACUACUCGCCAUGCUGAGGUGGUUAAUUAUACUUGUUCCAAAAAUAAAUUUUCUCAUCAAAUGGAGUUGUUAGAUCAAAGUGAAAGUUGGAGUCUAUUUUGUGAGAAGGCAGGUAGAUCAUCAUGCAGUGUUGAAUUUGAGAUGAUUGCGGCACCGAUUGUGGAGAGAUGCAAAGGGUUGCCUUUGGCAAUUGCUGUGGUUGGAGGUCUAUUUUCGAGACUCGACAGACUAGACGAGUGGAAGAACAUUGCUGAAUCUCUAAAUCCACUAGCAACAACCACGGUGCACGAAGAAUGCUCAAAAAUACUCUCAUUGAGCUACAAUUACCUGCCUUACAACUUAAAAGCUUGUUUCUUAUACUUGGGAGUUUUUCCAGAAGAUCAUGAGAUCAAUGCUUAUGAUCUUGCAAGGUUAUGGUGCGCGGAAGGACUUGUAAAAACACUUGAGGAUGAGAGCUUUGACGUGGUGGCUAAAAGGUACAUACAAGAACUUGUGGACAGAAACCUAAUUCUUGUAAGUCAACAAAGUUGUUGCACAAGAAAAAUUAAGGCUUUUAGGGUGCACGAUAUAUUGCAUACCUUUUGUGUCAAAGAAGCUCAAAACGAAAACCUUCUUCAUGUUGUCCAUGAAAAUGGCUCCAACAAUAAUUUCCCUGAAAAAGGUUUCCGUUGGUUGAGCAUCCAAUCAUCAAUAGAUGAUUUCGACAUGGAGACUUGUUCAAAAAGCUGUAGAUCCAUCUUCUAUUUUAUGGAAGACAAUGCUGCUGAAUCUUUAGAUUUUGAUCAUUUCAAUCUUUUGAGAAUAGUGUACUCUACUAAGCACCAGCUGAGCAAGAAUCCUGUGCAUCUUGUCCAUUUAAGAUACUUAUCCGAGGCAGGCGAAGAAGAUGUGAACAGCUCAGAACAGUUGAGGGCCUGGAAUAUUCAAACGCUUCAUAUUCGUUCAGAUUAUGGAAGAAACUAUUUGCGGUUUCCACAAGUGCAUUAUUUGAAGUGUGAGAAAUUUAGUCGUGGAAUAAAGUAUCAUCGUCUUCCCAAAUUUGUAAACCAAAAAUUGCACAGCAUUUCUUGGCUGACCCAUUAUGAAUGCACAGAAGGUUUCUUUAAAAGGUUUCCAUCCCUAAAGGCGGCACGGAUCAGAGGCGACACGGGAGAAUGCAAUGGUUGCAUUGAUAAGCUUAUUGUGGAUGCACCGCAGCUUGAGACACUGUAUAUUGACAGUGAUCGAGUGCAAGCGAAUCCACAAAAGGCUCCCAUUAAUGAUCAUAUUGUUCUCUUGAAAAGGCUUAAGAAGUUGACAAUUCGACUUAUGAGAUUUGAGUGGAAGGGAAUUCGUGUUCUUUGCAAGUUGCCGAGCCUGGAAGUACUCAAGUUGAAGACUUUUGGCUGCGUAGGCAAGAAGUGGAAAAUGGAAAAGGAUGAGAAAUUCUGCGAGUUAAUUUAUUUGGAGAUUGGUAGAACUAACCUGGUUCAUUGGACAGCUUACAGUAGCAAUUUUCCAAAACUAGAGCACCUGAGGCUUUCGUUUUGUGAGACAUUGGAAGAGAUUCCAGUGAAGUUUGAGGACAUCUAUACGUUGAAGUCAAUCAAACUAACAAAUUGUCAUCCUUCUGCUGUAAAUUCAGCCCAGGAAAUUGAGGAAAAGAAACGUAAUAUCGGAUACGAUGAUAUGAAGGUGGAUGUGAUCUCACUAGGGCCAGAUGAAUUUGCGUCCAAUGAAGAUGCGUUAUGGACCUAUAUGUUUUGA